GAGGAGACGCAGGAGGAGGAACGUUGGGGAAGACAUGGCAACACGAGCCUUAUAAAGACAGAGUCACACCCUCCUGAUGGCCUGAGUUCAGCUCUCCUCACAGACCACACUGCUACUGGUAGCAGCAGCAGCAGCAGCAGCAGCAGCAGCAGCAGCAGCAGCAGCAGUGGCGGUGGCGGCGGUGGCAGCCUGAUAACAAUGCUCAGCCUCAUCCGAUUACCACGAGUCUUCACCAUCAAUCAAGUACCCAAAGUUUUCCAUGAAGAAAGCAUCAUCUACGGGUACCGUCAUCCUCGCAGCUCAGCCACAGACUGUGUCCUCAGCCUGUUCCAGCUCACCAAUGAGACACUCAACAUCUGGACCCACUUUCUGCCCACCUGGUACUUCCUGUGGAAACUGGUGACAGUGAUCUUGAUGCAGACGGUGUGGCUGGAUUCUUUCACGUGGCCUCUGGUGGUCUUCCUGUUCUCCUGCUGCGUUUAUCCACUCGCAUCCAGCUGCGCGCACACCUUCAGUACCAUGUCUGUGAGGGCACGCCACAUCUGCUUCUUCUUUGACUAUGCAGCACUCAGUUUCUACAGCCUGGGAUCAGCGAUCAUCUAUUCAGCCUAUGUGUUUCCAGACAGAUGGGUGAACAGUUUCUUCCACCGCUGCUACAUGCCCAUCGCUGUGGUCAACACUGUCGUCUGCACUAGUAUCGCCUGCUACUCCAGGCUUGGUUUACCAUUUCUUCAAUAUAAUCAUGACACCAUUAAGAGGUAAAAACAACACCGAAUUAAUUCUGCUUUCCUUACGGGUCUCAGAGUUUUUGCCUUCGCCUACCCUUACCUGUUUGACAACAUUCCUCUGUUCUACAGGGUGUUUCUAUGUGAAGGAGACGGCUGCACAGCCAACGACACCAACCUCCUCCACUACUAUCACAUCACCUUGGCUUUUCUCACAGGCUUCCUGUUUGCCACACACUUACCUGAGCGGCUGGCACCUGGAAGCUUCGACUACAUAGGCCACAGCCACCAACUCUUCCACGUGUGCGGCGUCCUCGGCACACACUUCCAGAUGAAGGCGGCGGAACGGGACAUGGCCUUGCGCCGGCCCUGGCUCCUCCAAAACUCAAUUCCAAUCACGCUUUCAAACUCGGCGGGUGUAGCACUGCUGAGUGUGGUUGUGAAUUUGAUUAUUGUCAUCUCCUACAGUCUCCCGCUCCUCUGUGAUUCAAAGAAGAAGUUUGGUAAGAGUUAGAAGAAAUCCUCAACGUUGUUCUGUCUUUGAUGACAGAACCACAAGUUAGAACUCAGGGUUCUCAUCUGCACAAGAUGACAACAACAAAAAGUUUCAAGAAUCAACACAGAGAGUAAGCAGAAUAGACCUGCAGUCUUUGCACAAACAGCAGUUAUGUACACAUUUUACAACAACAUCCAUCCAAGCUGCACUGAGUAAAAGUCACGUGACUCUAUAGAUCCAAAGCUUUGAUAAUAGAAUGAAAAAUAUUUUGAGCUGGCUGCAAAAAAAUGCAACUCCAACAGAGUUGUCAUAUUUAUAAUUAUUGUGAUUUGUAAGAUAAUUGACAUAAAGUAUUUUUGCAUUGUGGUUCUGUAAAAAUAAAAUAUUGUUUGUAUUAUGCCAUAAUAAUAUACAUUUGAAUGCAAAUAACUUUAAGUAAAAUGUGUGUUUUAUAUUUUCAAUAAACCUAAAAUCAAAAAAUGUGUGAUAUUAUUCUAACGGGGAUUUAUUUUGUGUAAAAAAAAAUUGUCAUUUUUUUUCCUAGAUGUGAAAUUAUUUUAUUAAAUUUAUACCUUUUUAUUGUUUAAAA